AUGCCGUCUUCUUUUUUGGUGUAUUCUUCCUUUUUUUGGGGCCCCUUUUUCUUUUGGUACACUUUUCUCUUUCAGGGUCACUUUUCUUUUUGUACCUCAUCAUAUCUGCUGUCUCUUCCCUUUUGGUACCAUUUCUCUUUAAGAGUCUCCUUCUAUUUUGAUGCCCUCUUUUCUUUUUAUGCCUCCUCCUCUUUUGAUGUCCCCUUAUCUUUUGGGGUCUCCUUUUCUUUUUGUACCACUUCACUUUCGAUGUCUUAUCCUCUUUUGGACUUUUUUUCUUUUGGUAUCUCUUUCUCUUUCAAGGUUUCCUUUUCUUUUUGUACUCCUUCACUUUUUGUUUUCACCUUCUCUUUUAGUGAUACUUUUUCUUUUAGAAUUUCCCUCACUUUUGAUGCCCCCUCUUUUCUUCUAAUCCCUACUCCUCUUUUUAUGCCCCUCUUUUCUUCAAAUACCUCCUCCUCUUUUGAUGCCACCUCUUUUCUUCUAAUCCCUCCUCCUAUUUUGAUGCCCUCUUUUCUUCUAAUUCCUACUCCUCUUUUGAUGCCCUCUUUUCUUCUAAUCCCUGCUCCUCUUUUGAUGCCUUCUUUUCUUCUAAUUCCUCCUCCUCUUUCGAUACCCUCUUUUCUUUUAUCCCUCCUCCUCUUUUGA